AUGGCGGCGGCGGGGAGCGAUGGUGAGGCGGCGGCCGCGGCGGCGUUGCGGGCGGAGGUCGACGCGCUCCGGCGGCGCGUACAGGAGUUGGAGAGGGAGAACCAGAGGCUGGCUAAGAUUGUUUCGACAUGUAGCUGCGGCUCCAAGGAGGACAGCGUUGCUUCCUCUCCAGUACUUACUGAAAGUGUAUGUAGCAGUAGUCAAGAAUUGCAAAAGAAUAUGAAGUCACAUUGUGCAGGUCACCAAGCGGGGGUUGUAAGACACUGCCCAAAGCGAUUAGUUGCUCUGAAAAUCAUGUACUUUGGACAGAGAUUUUUUGGCUUUGCUUCAGAAGCCCACACAGAGCCUACAGUUGAGUCCGAGAUAUUUAAAGCACUUGAAAGGGCAAAGCUUCUGGUCGGUAGUAGGAAAGAAUCAUGUUAUUCUAGGUGUGGAAGAACUGACAAGGGGGUUUCGGCUACUGGACAGGUAAUUUCUUUAUUCCUGCGAUCCAACAUAAAAGAUGCAGGAUUGGCUGUAGUAGACAAUGAAUCUGAGAUUGAUUAUGUAAAAGUAUUGAAUAGAAUCCUUCCACAUGAUAUACGUGUAAUCGGCUGGUGUCCUGUUGCAGCAGAUUUUCUUGCAAGGUUCUCUUGUUUGGGCAGGGAAUAUAUCUACCUGUUUUGGAAAGGGGACUUGGAUGUAUUGAAAAUGCAGAAAGCUGCAGCAAAGUUCAUUGGUGAACAUGAUUAUAGGAAUUUCUGUAAAAUGGAUGCAGCAAACGUGAGUAACUACCGGCGACAUAUUACAGAUUUUAAUAUUUCUUCCUACAACCAAAGGUCUAACUAUGAUGAACUGUGGGCCAUUACAAUCAAAGGUAGUGCCUUCCUGUGGCAUCAAGUUCGCUGCAUGGUAGCUGUGCUGUUUCUUAUUGGCCAAGGGCUUGAGUUACCAUGUAUAGUUGAUUCAUUAUUGGAUAUUACCAAAACUCCUAGAAAACCUCAAUAUAAAAUGGCAUCAGAGAUUCCAUUGAUUCUACGAUCUUGUCUGUUUGAUGAAGUCAACUUUAUGAGUUCAUCAGAUGCCAGCCAGGCUUUGAUUGAGCAUUUGAAAGAUGAAUAUCAUCAGUAUAUGCUCCAAGCUGCAAUAUUUCGUGAGGCACUGUCCUGUUUAACCUUUCGAGAGCGUAAUUCAUUUGAACCUCAUCACAAGAAGAGGAACCAUAUUCCUCUCAUGUCACGACAAACAGAACCUUCGUAUGAGGAACGGGUAGCAAAAUUGAAAACAAAGUCAGCUGGUAGUUUGUAGUUUCCUGGCUAGCUUCAGUAAUGCACCAAGUGCUUCAGAACGACAGAUGAAGCCUUUGAAUAUCAGUGCUGUAUCUGGUCAUAUUCAUCCAGCAGCAAGGGGGCGAUACUCUAUCACAACAAUUUCUCCAUGAAGCAUGGGUUCUCGAUUUGUGACAAUUGAAACUGACAAAGAACAACUGGCGGCCACUCAUCAAUUCAUACAACAGGAUGAAGAUGAACCAUCCUCUGCUGGAUAUUUUAAGCCUUUUGAAUAUAGGAUAAUAUUCUGCUCGACUGUUAAGGAAGGCCAUGUUGUGCACUCAUCUUGUGUAUGUUGUAAAAUACUUUCCAAAGCAUGCAGAACACAUCUCAGUCCCUCACAUACAUUUGUAUCGACAUUCAAUUUUUCCGCCACUGUAAUGCUCAUAUGGUACGAUGAAUUUUGCUGUCUACCUGAAGAGACAGACUGUUUCUGUAGUGUAACAUGCUUGUUAACGCAAUGCAGUUAUGAUGGAUACUUACAGUUGCAUCUAAGCAACGUCCAUUUGCUGUUAAGUGGAAAAAAAAGUA